UUCACUGAAGAAAAGCUGGGCCAGGCUGAGAAGACUGAACUAGAUGCCCACUUUGAAAACCUUCUGGCCAGGGCAGACUGCACAAAGAACUGGACAGAGAAGAUCUUGCGUCAGACUGAAGUUCUGCUACAGCCAAACCCUAGUGCCAGAGUAGAAGAGUUCCUCUAUGAGAAGCUUGACCGGAAGGUGCCUUCCCGGGUCACCAACGGGGAGCUGCUGGCACAGUACAUGACAGAAGCAGCUAAUGACUUUGGGCCAGGGACACCUUAUGGGAAGACCUUGAUCAAAGUUGGGGAGACUCAAAGGCGCUUGGGUGCAGCAGAACGGGACUUCAUCCACUCUGCCUCCAUCAACUUCCUCACCCCCCUGCGCAACUUCCUGGAAGGGGACUGGAGAACCAUCUCUAAGGAGAGGAGGAUCCUGCAGAACCGCCGCCUGGACCUGGAUGCCUGCAAAGCCAGGCUGAAGAAAGCCAAGGCUGCCGAGGCAAAAGCAGCGUGUGAGGGAGAUGCUGUGCCUGACUUUCAGGAGACUAGACCUCGUAAUUACGUUCUCUCCGCCAGCGCCUCAGCGCUCUGGAGCGACGAGGUGGAAAAAGUAAGUACCCAGCUGAAGUUAGGGCAGACGGAGUUCGAUCGGCAGGCAGAGGUGACCCGCCUGCUGCUGGAGGGGAUCAGCAGCACACAUGUGAAUCAUCUUCGCUGUCUCCACGAGUUCGUGGAGUCUCAGACCAACUACUAUGCUCAGUGUUACCAGUACAUGCUGGACCUGCAGAAGCAACUGGGCAGCUCCAAAGGAGAAAUAUUUUCAGGCACAUUUGUAGGCAACACGGAAUCCACAUCUCCUGCAGCUGCCACCUCUCCUCCAGCUGCUGCUGCUGCUGCCCCCCUCCCCGCUGUGCCUACUAUCCCAGUUGUGCCCACCAUUGUCGGGGUGCCUAAUACAGUGGCAGAGAGUGUACUGAACCCAAAUGAGGUGAAGCCCCCUGCCAGUGGGACGCGGAAGGCCAGAGUCCUCUACGAUUACGAAGCAGCCGACAGCACUGAGCUGGCACUUCUUGCAGAUGAGAUGAUCACUGUGUACAGCCUGCCGGGCAUGGAUCCAGACUGGCUCAUAGGGGAAAGAGGGAACCAGAAGGGGAAAGUUCCUGUCACUUACUUGGAACUGUUAAGUUAA